CGCGUCUAUAUAAGUCGACGUCAGCCAUUUUAAAAAUCAAUUCGCGUCCAGCACCCAACUCGAACAGAACGUCUUAGCAGUUGCUUCGUCGAACACAUAUUUUAAUUCAACUUUAUCAUCUGAUUGAUCAAAUUUAAACAAGAUGCAGAUCUUUGUCAAGACAUUGACUGGCAAGACCAUCACCCUUGAGGUUGAGCCUUCUGAUACUAUCGAGAAUGUUAAGGCCAAGAUUCAAGAUAAGGAGGGCAUUCCACCAGAUCAGCAGCGUUUGAUCUUCGCUGGCAAGCAGUUGGAAGAUGGUCGUACCCUGUCUGAUUAUAACAUCCAGAAGGAAUCUACCCUACAUUUAGUCCUCCGUCUGAGAGGAGGAAUGCAAAUCUUUGUCAAAACACUAACUGGAAAGACCAUUACUCUGGAAGUUGAACCUUCUGAUACCAUUGAGAAUGUCAAAGCAAAGAUCCAAGAUAAAGAAGGCAUCCCACCCGAUCAGCAACGUCUCAUCUUCGCCGGCAAACAAUUGGAGGAUGGUCGUACUCUGUCCGACUACAACAUUCAGAAGGAGUCAACAUUACAUUUGGUGUUACGUUUACGCGGAGGCAUGCAGAUUUUCGUUAAAACUCUUACUGGAAAGACCAUCACUCUCGAAGUUGAACCUUCUGACACUAUCGAGAACGUUAAAGCCAAGAUUCAAGACAAAGAAGGUAUUCCCCCCGAUCAGCAACGUCUAAUUUUCGCUGGAAAGCAGCUCGAAGAUGGCCGUACUUUGUCUGAUUACAACAUCCAAAAGGAGUCGACUCUUCACUUGGUUCUCCGCCUCCGUGGUGGUAUGCAGAUUUUCGUCAAGACUUUGACUGGCAAGACCAUCACUCUUGAAGUUGAGCCUUCUGACACUAUUGAAAAUGUCAAGGCUAAAAUUCAAGACAAAGAAGGUAUCCCCCCAGACCAGCAACGUCUGAUCUUCGCUGGUAAGCAGUUGGAAGAUGGACGUACCUUGUCAGAUUACAACAUCCAGAAGGAGUCUACCCUUCACUUGGUCUUGCGUUUGAGAGGAGGUAUGCAGAUCUUCGUCAAGACUCUCACUGGAAAGACCAUCACCCUUGAAGUUGAACCUUCCGACACGAUUGAGAACGUCAAGGCUAAAAUCCAAGACAAAGAAGGUAUCCCACCCGACCAGCAGCGUCUCAUCUUUGCCGGAAAGCAGCUCGAGGAUGGUCGUACCUUGUCCGAUUACAACAUCCAAAAGGAGUCGACUCUUCACUUGGUUCUUCGCCUCCGAGGUGGUAUGCAGAUUUUCGUCAAGACCUUGACUGGAAAGACUAUUACGCUCGAAGUCGAACCAUCGGACACCAUUGAGAACGUCAAGGCUAAGAUCCAAGACAAAGAAGGUAUUCCUCCCGAUCAGCAGCGUCUGAUUUUCGCUGGUAAGCAGUUGGAAGAUGGUCGUACACUGUCCGACUACAACAUUCAAAAGGAGUCAACCCUCCACUUGGUUCUUCGCCUCCGCGGUGGUAUGCAGAUCUUUGUGAAGACCCUGACUGGAAAGACCAUCACUCUUGAAGUUGAACCAUCCGACACCAUCGAGAACGUUAAAGCGAAAAUUCAAGAUAAAGAAGGUAUUCCUCCCGAUCAGCAGCGUUUAAUUUUCGCUGGUAAGCAAUUGGAAGAUGGUCGUACCUUGUCAGAUUACAACAUCCAAAAGGAGUCCACUCUCCACUUGGUUCUGCGUUUGAGAGGAGGUAUGCAGAUCUUCGUCAAGACCCUGACAGGAAAAACCAUCACCCUUGAAGUUGAGCCAUCGGAUACAAUUGAGAACGUCAAGGCCAAAAUUCAAGACAAAGAAGGUAUCCCACCUGAUCAGCAGCGUCUCAUCUUUGCCGGUAAACAGCUGGAAGAUGGUCGUACCUUGUCAGAUUACAACAUCCAAAAGGAGUCCACUCUCCACUUGGUUCUGCGUUUGAGAGGAGGUAUGCAGAUCUUCGUCAAGACCCUGACAGGAAAAACCAUCACUCUCGAAGUUGAGCCGUCAGACACCAUUGAGAAUGUCAAAGCUAAGAUCCAAGACAAGGAAGGAAUCCCUCCUGACCAGCAGCGUCUCAUUUUUGCUGGAAAGCAACUUGAAGAUGGACGUACUCUUUCGGAUUACAACAUCCAGAAGGAAUCUACUCUUCAUUUGGUCCUUCGUCUUCGCGGUGGUAUUUAAAUACCGAAAUAAUUUGAAGCUUUAUCGCAAGUUCUAACGUAUGAACUGAUAUCUGGAAAUGUUUUGUCCUCGCUUUGGCGUGUUUCGUUUUUUAAGUUGAUUUAAAUUGAAAUACAAAUCGAAAUUGCAUUAAUCA